AUGCCUCCGCCGAAGAAGCUACUCAAAGUGAAGACUGGCUGCGUCACCUGCAAGAUUCGGAAAGUCAAGUGCGACGAAGGCAAGCCGCAGUGCAGUCGCUGUACCGACACUGGCCGGAAAUGCGAUGGCUAUCGAGCCUCGACGGAAAUCACGAGCCGGCCCAAGAAGCUCCCUGACCAGGCCUCGCUGCUCGUCGUAUUAUCGCCAAUCAAGAAUGCUUCCGCCCUAUCCAGUGACCUCCGCGACGAUGAGAAGCUGUGGUUGGCCUACUUCAGUUCUCGUGCUGGACCUGAACUGUCGGGUCUCAUCGAUCGAGAUUUUUGGUCUCGAAUGCUUCCCCAGCUUAGCCUGCGCGAAGCACCGGUACGAUAUGCGAUUUUGGCAUUCAGCACAUCACACGCGGCCAGCGCCUCCGCAUUCCCCCAAAAGAUCAGCAUCCAGUACUACUGCCAGGCAAUUUCCAGCCUUCAAAGCCGUAUCAAUAACGGCUGCACCGAUAUGGAAGUUCCGCUCGCCUGCUGUCUGCUAUUUGUCUGCCUAGAAUGCUUACAGGUUGACCGAACGGGCAUGCUGAAUCAGCUACAGAAUGGGUUGAAUAUCCUCGAUUCAAUGCAAUCCCACGACCAGGACGGGCAAUUCAUUGCGGUGUUCAAACAGAAGCUCCGCCAGAUCUUUGCAAGACUCGACGGCCAGUCGACGCUACUGGGAAAACCGGUACCUACAUCCCCCAACGCAUUUUGUCCAACGGCUUCACAAGAGGCAUUCGCCGACCUGUUUGAAGCACAACUAUCGCUUGAUGAUAUCUCCUCUCGCAGUCUCAACUUCGUCCGCCACACCAACGAUUCUACCGUUCCUGGAGACAGAUGGCCGACAGUCUCGCAAAGCCUGGCCCAAAGUCGGUUGCAGGAACAGUUGUUGGUUUGGAGGCUGCGACUGGAAAAGACCGUCUCAUCGGGAGGAGAUGACAGGGCAGCCAAGCUACUGCAGAUCCAGGGCAUUGCAAGCUUCAUCUACCUCGGGGCCUGCUUCCAGCCGUUGGAAAUGCGCUAUGACGCAUACCGGUCCGACUUCGUCGCAUUGAUCGCCGCGGCCGAAUCCGUUUUGUCAGAGUCUUUACCAACAUUUACCCUCGACGUUGGCAUCAUACUGCCGCUCUACCUCACCGCGUACAAGUGCCGAGAUCCGCAACUUCGCCGCAAGGCCAUUGACUUGCUUCAAUCUUUCCGCGGCCGUGAGGGCAUGUGGGAUUCAUUCAUCCACUCUCGUAUUGCCCGCCGGAUCGUGGAGAUUGAGGAGAGCGGCAUGCUCAUUGCUCGCUACGGCGCCACUUGCGCUGCGAUGGAGCAACCGCCGUCAACAUUCAUGGAAACGGAUAACUCCGCAGUGUUGACGCAAUGGCCUGAGGAGCAGUUUCGUGUCGCGGACGUCGAGCUUCAUCGUGGGCCGGGGGAAGCAUCGCUGGCCAAGCUGGUCAUCACCGUGCCAGCACCGGGCGUGCCGGUCGGGACGGAAUGGAUACGUUGGGAAGAGGAGCUGGUAGUGCCAGAUGUUGCGAGGGUGAUUGAAUGA